UCUAAAACUGAUGGAUUACUUUCCCACAAACAAUUAACAUACCAUUAAUAUCCUUAUCAAAAUGAACAAAAUCAUUAUUCUUAAAUUUCUAUUAGGCAUUAAAAGCAUCUUGCCUCUUAAAUUUUCCGUACAAUAUGUUCGACUUCUAUAUAUGAUAAGACAUAUGUACAUACAUAAUUUUAUAGAACAUAUUUUUUCUAAAAUUCUAAAAUAAAUUCAUGCAUGUUGACAUAUGGCUAAAGCUAUGCAUUUCACCAUUAUCAUAUUAACUAUGAUUAGGCAUGGGCACAGAGCAGUUAUCCAGAAAAUUUUUACUAUCCGUGAUCCGCUUCGUCCCGUACAAAUAUUUAAGUUUUCGAUCUGUUUCGAUCCAUAAGAUUUUAAAUAUUCGUUAGUUCGAAUAUUUGUGACAAUUUCAAUUAUUCGCGGACUAUCCAAUACGUUUCGUAAAAAAAUAGAAAUAAAUUAAAAUUAAUAAUUAUUAAUUAAUAAAAUAUCUAAAAUAAUAUAAAAUAAUAAUAUAUAAUUAAAAAAUUAAAAAUAUUUACUUAAAAAAUUAAUAACUAAAAUAAUUAAUCUAAUAAAUUAAAAUAUAUAAUUAUUAAAUAGUUUGUAUAUAUAAUAAUUUAAAUAUAUGUAUAUAUAUGCAUAUAAUUAACGGAUCGGAUAUUUGUUCCUAAAUUUUUUAGUAUUUGUGAUUUGAUUUGUCUCUUACGGAUAUUGCAUAGUAGUAUUUGCUUUUGAUUUGUAGAGUUACGGAUAUCCAGAUUUGUUCAAAUCAAGAUGAAUAACGAAUCAAAUCAGAUUUACGGAUAUUUUUCCCAAACCAAAUUAUAAUGAUAUCAACAAACAUGGAAAAUAUAAUUUCUCAAAUAGAAGGAUGUCAUCAUCAUAAAAAAAAAGGCUGGCUUCAUGCAUAUCCUAUAUCUUGCACACAAAAACUUGUAAAUAUAGGCUUCGAAUGUUUUAAUCCGCCUCGUAUCACACCGCUAACAAAAAUCUUUACAUAUACCAUAUAUUUAUAUGUUUUUAUAACGGUUAGAACCGCAUCGCAGUUGAACCGCUUGUUCCGCACCGCUUAAUCAAAUGUUACCAUUCGGAGCCAUAAUUUUACCAAGAAAAAAAACUUGUAUAUAAAUAGUUCAAUAUAUGUGUCUUAGCUUCUUCAUAUCAUAUCUCUCCCUCUAAAUCUCAAUCCUUUUGCAGAAAAUGAAUGGUGGAUUUGGCAUGAGAAAAGAUCUCACUCGAGUUUCAAACCCCCUAGAAUGUUCUCUUUGUCAGAGAAUCUUCUUCACACCUCAAGACCUAAUCACACACACCAACACUUUUCACUCCAAUCAUCAUUACUCCAACUUCUCAUCAUCUGCCGCUGCCCCCGCACCUGCCACCUUCCGCCACUACCCGAACCUUAACCGUAACCCUAAUCCUGCUUUCCCGGCAAUGAAUCGUUCUGACUUGAACAAUUACCGUAGUGGUCCUACAGAUGAACAAGGGAGGCUUCUCAAAGGAUCUGCGGCAAUGACUCCGACUAGAAACACUAACGUUUUGUUUGGGCAGCAGGAGAAGCCGAAGCUGAUGGAUCUCUUUCCGACGAUGCCAUCGGAAGGCUUACGUACGCUUCCGCUUCUUAGCCAGCUGGAGGAACGGACACCGCAGGAUACUGCGACGGAGCAAGGCGGGGCCAUCUCGAGUUCCAUCGACUUGACGUUAAGGCUGGGUUUUUCUUGAUAUCAAACAAGCAAAAUAUGAUUCUGGAUAAGAGAAACUAGGGUUCUUGAUGAAAACCAUUAAUAUGUUGUUGUUGUAGUUGUUGUUAUUGUUGUUGUUGCUGCUGCUGUUUCUGUUGUUGUUGCUGUUGGAAUGAUUAUUGUAAUAUCUAUUUUAUUUUCCUAUAAUUAAGGUGUUCUUAUGAAAACCUUUCAAAAAAAUAAAAUUUAAGGUGUUUUUCAUUUUGCAUAAUAUCUUGGCCCUAAUAUCUUCUUGUUUCUAUAUAUUAAUGAUUGUCAGACGAGAACCUGAUGGGACGAUUUGAUCGAAUAUUUGCUUUAAGAUGUGUUGGCAUAACAAGUGAAGAAAAGUUAUAUAACUUAUAUUUACUUUUCUAUUCCACCAUGGUUUGUGUUUUAUGUAAGUUGUUGCAGUAGUAGUAUCAAUGCGACUAAUGCGACUUGUAAGUUGUUGCAGUGGUAGUAUCAAUGUGACUUGAGAAAAAUCGAGCGACCUCAAGAAUAAAGAAUUACUACAACAUUUAUUAGUAAGUGUAAGUCUAACUCACACCAAGAAACUAGUUUAAUGCACUUCUGAAAUUUCUAAACACUUAUAUACUGGUCUAGUACUCUCUAAAGUACAGUUGUGUGAUUGUUUGAUAGAGUUUGAGUUUUCGGCCUUAAUCUUUUUUCUAGAUUUAGGACCAGCCGUUGCGAAUACCUUAUGAUAGCCUUAAAGACAUAACAAACCAGUAACUAGCGUUAAACCACUAGUUCAAUGCACUUCUGAAAUGUGAAAUCAUUUUGCAAUUACAAUUUCUUCAUUCUAGUAAUUGUUUCUCCAAAUUAAGUCAUCUCUGCUUUAUUUCUUUCGACUAGCAUGACUGCUAAUUCUGAUCGACUUGAAACAGGUGUGUGCAUGCAUGUGUAUAUAUGUAAGUUGUUGUCUUUUGUAACUAUCAGUGUGUUAGUGGUCAUGUAUGUCUCCUUAGUCCUUUCUCUCUACCCGGGAAAUACUCUCGUCGACUAGUUUUAAUUACUUUAUUUACCCCUAGAGAAUUGAGUAAACUGCAUCUAAUUAAAAAACAAAUUGUUUAAAAAGACUUGAAAAAGUCUUUUUGUUGGCAAAUUAAAUAUAGUGCUCUCCUUCUUCUUCACAACCAAGAAUGUGUCCGAAACCUAAUCUCUGAUUCUCUCUCUCCCUGUUUCCAACUUUUUUCUCUUUCGUUUAUCUUUCUCUUCAGAAGAAAUGAAAAUCAAUGCGAUAAAGGUUUAAAUUCUAUGAUCUCGUUAGAUUCCUUGUUAAGUCGAACGUUUUUAAAUGGUUUUUUAUGUAAGUGAAGCCCACAACAGUAUGGCCCAGGAAGAGCCCAAGACACUUAACCCUCACUUGUCUUCUCCGAAGACCAUCUUGUCGUAUUGUAGAGCUGAGGAGAGGAGUACGGAGAGUCCUAUCCACAACCGUUACGCUCCGCUGCUGUCGCUGUGUGCUGGCUAAUCUACUUUUGCUUUAACAGCUGUGUAGUCGUUUGGAUCUAGAUCCUUCUUUGUAUCCUUUAUAUUGCCUUGUAACCCUAUUGAUUCAAGGUAAUGAGAUUGUAGUAUUCAUUCAAA